AUCGCGCAUCCAACAACGCCACCAAAAACGAGAGUCGAAGCGUAGCUCGCGACGGCAUGGAUUUUGGAUCCAGGACACGCGCCACGACCCAAAACCUAGCUCUGUAGAGGCCCCCAUUCAAACCAAACACUAAUUGCGCCAACCACCGUUGCAAGCGACUGGUCGCCGCAUCCAACCAGCCUCUGCGCCCUGAAAACGCCUCACCAGUUAGCCAAACACAAACGUCAUCAUGUUGGUCUCGUUGACGGUCGGCAAGGUCGACGCCGGUGUCACGGUGCUCCUGACGCCCGACAAGCGCCUGAUCGAGUUCCCGUCCAUCCUCCUCCCGCCCGACAUCGAGUCUGGCUCGAUAGUGGACAUCAUGGUGUCGCGCAACACGGCGUCCGAGGUCAAGGCAGAGUCGCUCUUCCGCGCCCUGCAGGACCAGAUCUACAACGCCUUCGGCGCCGGCGAGCCGGCCCAGCCCGUCCUGCGAUGCCGCAACGCGACCCAGACGAGCGUCGUGCUCGAGUGGGACCCGGUCCAGCUCGCGACCGCCGACCUGAUCAGCCUCGCCCUCUAUCGCAACGGCCAGAAGGCCGGCAACAUCCCGCGCCCGCUCGACAUGCACAGCACAAAGAUCUCGGGCCUCGCCGUCGACACCGAGUACACCUUCCACCUGGUCCUGCGCACCACGGCCGGCACGUUGGCGAGCGAAAAGGUCACGGUGCGCACCCACAAGAUGACGGACCUGUCGGGCGUCACUAUCACCACCGGCAUCAUGCCCGCCGUCAUGCGCGAGAACCUCGCCAAGGCCGUCGACCGCGUCGGCGCCCGUAUGGUUGACGGCGUGCGCAUCGACACCACCCACUUUGUCACCACCGAGGGCCGCGGCAUGCAGUGGGAGAAGGCCGUCGAGAUGAACAUCCCGGUCGUCCGCCCGGAGUGGGUCGAGGCCUGCGAGAAGAACGGCCGCAUCUUGGGCGUUACAAAGUUCUACCUCGACGCCAUGCGGCCCGUACCCGGCACCCUAGCGACGUCCGAGGCGCCGUCGCCCGUUACCCAGAAGGAGCUGCCACAGCCGCCGGCUGGAGCUGGAGCGGGGGCUGCCGGAGCGGGGGCCGCAGCAGCAGCAGUAGUUGCCACAUCCGGUGCCGGGGACAGCGGCGAGGAGAACAAAUACCAGCAGAUCGGCUCGCAGGGGGGUGAGGACGAGGUCGCCGCACAAAAGAAGGAGAUGGGAGAUCAGGAGUCCGUGUCGUCGGAAGACAGCGACGACGAUGAGAGUGAGAAGGAGACCGAGAAGACCUCCGCGCAGGAGGAACAGAAGUCCCGGGCCGAGGAAAAGGACAUACCGUUCCGCCCGACCGCGCUGGCACCAACGAGGCCGUUUGACGAGGACGCCGGUGGCGGCCCAGAAGACUCGAAAGCCACAACCCCUGGGGACGGAGCGUCCUUUCAGGACGUUGCCUUAUAAUGACUGACCUACCUUGGAAGGGGUGUGAUUAUUUGUUUGACGGCGGGAGUGUCCCGACAUAGAAUUGCAGAGAGCCGCAUUUUUUCUUCUCUCGAAUUGCGAGCGGGCUGUUUGGCGCAGCGGACGGCAUGUACAACAGGCUUAAUUUUACACAACAUAGGUGCACAUUUUGCUAUCCAAGCCGUUCCCUUUGUGCUCUCACCCUUUUGGAGACCGAUCAAGGUUUUAUCUCUUUCCCUUUCCAGUCCCACAGUCUGCC